AGUUCGUUUUGCUGUUUUAGACUUGUGGAGGGUUAUUCGAGCAGUCUGUGCCCGCUUAGACAAAAUGUUUCAAACAUUUGUUUUUUCCUGUCUGUGUUUAUUAUAUCUAACUGGUGCGUUUUGUGUUGAGAUCUAUGAAACACACACCAUAUCAGCGAUGGAGGGAGAUUCUGUCAUUCUACACACGGAUGUUACUGAUCUGCAGAGAGAUAAUGUGCUACUGUGGACGUUUGGACCUCAAGACGCUCACAUUGCUAAAAUCAACAGAGUCCACAAUGAGAUGUUUCACAAUGGUGCUGAUGGGAGAUUCAGAGACAGACUCGAGCUGGACUCUCAGACUGGAUCUCUGACCAUCACAAAUGUCAGCACAGAACUCAAUGGACUUUAUAAAGUAGAAAUCGUCAUUGAAAAUAAGGUCUCAAGCAAGAAUUUCAUUGUUAAGGUCUAUGCUCAUCUCCCCAUUCCUGUGAUCACCAGAUACUGUCCACAAAAUCCUCCAUCAUCAGUCUCCAGAUAUGAGCUGCUAUGUUCAGUGGUGAAUGUGAGUCGUGUGACUCUCUCCUGGUACAAAGGAAACAGUUUAUUGUCCAGCAUCAAUGUGUCUGAUAUCAGCAGCAGCGUCUCUUUACAUCUGGAGGUGGAAUAUCAGGAUAACAACACCUACAGCUGUGUGCUCAAUAAUCCCAUCAGCAACCAGACUCAACAUCCGGACAUCACUCAACUCUGUCAGAUACAUUCAGAUGACUACGUCCACUAUUAUGGGUUUACUGAAGCUGUGAUCCGAUUGGCUCUCUCUGCUCUGGUGGGCGUGGCUGCUGUUGCUGUGCUGGUUUAUGAUGUCAAUUCCAGAUGACAGGGGAGGACAGAAAGACAAGCAAAACAACUGGAAAUGCUUCUUGCACUUUUUAUUAUUAUUAUUUUUUAUUUUAUUUUGUCAUUGAGAGAAUUUCCUGUUUCUAUUUUGUGACCAAUCCUGAACUUUAAAGACAUUGCUAAUCCUGUAAGUAAUCAUCAGAUCAAAAGGGCUGCGUCCAUUGGCCAUGUAUUGAUUUCAUUAUGCAGACAUUAGCUGUUUAGGAAGGAAAUUGCAUAGCUUUGAAUAUAGAAAAGCAAGGAACUUGCAGAUUAUUGGUUCAUUUAAAAUGACUGAAUCUGCAUACAUAAAGAAUCUUUUAUAGCUAAUGGAUCUGAUCACACAGUAGUGAGAUGAAGUUCCUGUUGUUCAAAUGGGGGGUGUAUCUGAAAGUUUUGAAAUAGUUUGUCAUGAACAUGACAGGCAGAACAAACCCUGCCAACUCUCAGAAUGAAACU